GCCAAACCAAGUAUCUGGAACUCGGAAGGCCAAUUUUAUACCUGCCUGAUAUGCUUUUGGUAACAUCAUCAACAGAUCGUGGCCCACGAUUUAUCGCCCAUGGCAUUUAGUUUCAAGCCCGUGAUGCAUAUGCUAUCGAACAAGCGCUUCCUCAGGAUAUCCUUAUUCGUCGGCCCACUCCUUCUCUUCUUCCUCCUGGCCGCGGCGUUCUGGGCCUCGCCCCAGCUCCGCGACAAUGGGAUCGGUCGGGGUAUGCUGCCUUGGCUGGGGCCCGCCGAGAAACCGGUGCCCGAAUUCUACCCUUUCGAGACCAUCAGCCAAUUUUCCCCCGUAUCGCUGAGCGUCGACGAGAAGACGACGACGAAGGAGCUUUGCGACACCUUUCCCUCGUACAUCACCAACCGCAUCCAACCCGUGCUGAAGACGGGCCACGGCGAGAAGCGGGUCAAGAUCGAGGCCCAACUCAACAGCUCGUCGGCCUGCUUCAGCAACGAGGACCUGCUCAUUUUCUCCGACCUCGACGAGACCAUCCUCGGCCGCCCUGUCAUCGACAUCCUCGCCGACCUCCCCCCAUCGUUCCGCGUCGACAACCCCGACUUCGACAACUACCUGACCAUGCAGGCCAUGCGGCGCAACGGCACGCUCGACGUCGACGAGGCCGCCACGGCCGCCAUCAAUGGCUGGAUCCUCGACAGGUUCAAGUUCCUGCCCAUGGUCGAGCGCGCGUGGACCAUGCGGCCCGGCCGCGACUGGUACGUCUUCUACGAGACCGACACAUACAUUGUGUGGGACAGCAUGUUCCGCUUCCUGUCGACGCUCGACCCGGCCACGCCGCUGUACAUGGGCAGCCCGUCGCCGGGCCGCGUCGACAAGACUCGGCCGCGCCACGAGAUCAAGACGUGGUUCGCCAACGGCGGGCCGGGCUUCGUGCUCAGCCGCGCCGCCGUCGAGAGGCUGCUGGCCCGCGACGUCGGACCCGCGGGCCAGCUCCUGGACCCGCCGCUGACGACGCGCUGGCUGGACCUGCUGCGCCGCGAGUGCUGCGGCGACAGCGUCGUGGGCUGGACGCUGUGGAACGUCAGCGUCCCCGUCAGCGGAUACUGGCCCAUGUUCAACCCGCACCCCAUGCACGGCGUCCCCUACAGUGACCUGUACUGGUGCCAGCCCGUCAUCACCCUGCACAAGACGAGGCCCGAGGACAUGGAGGAGCUCUGGAGGUGGGAGCACAGCAGGAGGCAGAAGGAUACCCCUCUGCUCUACCGAGACCUCUACGAGUUCCGCCACCCGGGCACGCCGGCCGUGCUGGACAACUGGGACAACGGCGACUGGGCGCGCUUCGGGCCGCCGGGCGGCGCGCGCGUCGACUCGUUCGAGACGUGCGGCAAGGCGUGCGAGGCCAGCCAGGACUGCGUGCAGUGGCUCUGGCGCGGGCUCGACGCCGGGGAGUGCGUGCUCAUGCGCCAGGUCCGGUACGGCGUGCCGCGCGAGCCGGAGCCGAUCCCCCAGCCGGAGCCGAAGGAGGGGGAGGAGGCGCCGAAGGAGCCGGCGCCGAAGCCCAAGGAGAAGUGGGUCAACUUCAAGAGCGGGUGGAUGACGCAGCGCAUCGACCGGUGGAGGGGGCAGAGGACGUGCUCGGCCGUGCAGUGGGUUGGACCGAGUAUCACUAGGGUGUACUAACGGUCUCGGUGGGGGCGGGGCCCUUUGGAUAUCGAUUUGGAUCGGUUGCCUUGUAUUACAUAUGUAUGUAUAUAUACCUUGAAGUGUUUCGGGUGUCUGAUAGACUUGGCGUUGGAUGGGAGGCAUGAGCCACUGCAAAAAGCAGCCGAUAUCCCCCCGUUGGGUAUUUGUGGAUUAUUAUGAGCUUACCUAGGUCGUUACUGUUUAACUAUCUUGAGGGGGUUAGACAUGUGUCUGAUGAUACUGGCAAUGCAAUGAAGUUGGUCUUCUGCUCACAAAAGGGGGUUAUAUAGGUUAUAUAGAUUACAUAGAAUAGGUAGGAAUUUAUUUAUGUACACUGC